AUGAACGGGUAUGAUAAAUACUUGAUGAGGAGUUACGUCAACAAAGCAUAUCACUUUGACCUUUUCAACACCGUCGAAGAGCUCUCUCCAAGCUUUGGUGUAUUGAUUUAUCAUCGCUUUGCAAACUUUGUUCUUCAAUGGAUUACAAUACCGUUUAAGGUAUUGGGUAUGAGACCGGACCUUGAUCUUGAACAUAGCAUCACAUCGACAAUAGUUGAGGAUUGCUGGAUUGCUGCUCUCUGCACUCGGAAUAUGAAUGUAAUCGAUGAUGACGGUUUAGGCAUUUGGAGAUUUCAUUUUGGGAUUACUGCUUUUGAUACUCAUGAUGUGAGUGUAAAUGAUGAUUGA